AGAGUCUGAGAGUCGUGAGAAAAAAGAGACCACACAAACUCGCACGAGACCAGCUCCCACUGAACAGUCCACUGCCUUAAAAAACUGCACUAACCCAAUGGAGAACUCUACAUCCGCCCACCCACGCCUCCGCCAACUCACCUCCACCCCGCACCCCAGCGCCCCCUCUGACGGAAACGCGUUCCUCUACAUCCUCAUCGUCCUCUCUUUCUACGGCUUCUUCCUGUCCGCCAUCAUGUUUGGAUACUUCCACUCUAAACGCAAAGAGAAGAGACGAACCAACAUUUUUACCAAACUAGUUCACGAUAAUGAAAAACGCGAGUGGGGGGCGCUACCCAAAAAGCAUAGCCUAACUUUCUCCUCCCCUGUCCCGGGUCUGACUUUGCCGUUUUGCAGUAAGCAUUCGGGGCAUCUGCAGCGAUUGGGGGUGCAUGGCAUGUUCCCAUCUCCGUUAGCAUGUGCGCUGUGUACAGAGCAGAGUAGUGUUAGCUCGCUCUGCUCAUCGGCGGAUACGAGAGUGGCCAUUGAGGAGGAGCAGGACUGCAGUACCACAGAAGAGCCAGAAGAGGGAGCCAAAGGAAGUGCAGGGAGCAGCGCUGACGAUUCUGGAUGAAACAAAUGCAUGGAAAAAUUGGGGAAAGAAGAAAUGUGACGAAGAGAAUGUGUUUCUGUGGCCUACCAGUUUGGACGCAGCACAUAUGCCGGGGUCUGUGUUGGCUUCAGCAGUGUGACAUCGAUUCAUCACUCCAGAAUAUUCCUAUUUUCUUCUCGUUUCACAUUAAAGGUCCUGUAUUACACAAAAUGGACUCUUGUGAACUAUUAGCCAUGUUACAAUGUUGUUUCCUCCUCAAAAACAUACUUGGAGUUGUGUUUUGUUUCAUUCAUACAUGUCUGAGUAACCCUGUGUUGUUAGUCUGUCGACACCUCCAAGGCACAAAUUGCUCUGUUCCACCUUGUGAUGUCAUGAAGUGGUAGUUUUCAAGUUAACGGCUACCUUUUACCUUUAGUUCAGUAGAGACUGGCAAUUCCAAGGUUGAAAUGAUCCAAAUGAUUCUAGUGAAGGUGCAUGGAGUUUAAAAACACAAUGGAGCACUUCCUGUAUUACCACUCGAUGACAUCACAAGGUGGAACAGAGAAAAACUCAGCCUAAAUAUGCAGGUUUUUGUGUUAAACAUAUGUGAAUGAAACAAUACACAACUCCAGGUCUGUUUGUGAUGAGGAAACAUUAUAACAUAGAUCAGAAAAUGGCCUAAUAUGGGUCCUUUAAAGAUGCACUAUGUAACUUUUCUGGUGGACACUUCAUCACCUGCUCAUUUCCUUGCAGAUGUUGUGCUUUUCCUGGAAUGCUCCACAAUAUGGCAUUACACACAUAACUAUAAGUAUCUUGCAUUUUUAUUCAGAGGAUCUCGCUAUGCCACAGAUCAGCCCCGUAACUUCACCCGGUGGCCUCACGUGCUUGUCGUCUCCAUGGUGAUAGAUACGCUUGGAACACCGGAAAAGCUACAUAGCGCACCUUUAACAUGUGUUUAGUAAGUCAAGUACGUUUUGCUAUGAUGAAGAUUACCCCUCAUAUGCUCGUGUAAACAUAGAUGUGCCGACGUUGACUCCGACCACUAUCAACACGCACCACAUUUAUACGACACUGUGGACGAAGUGUCUUGCCAAAGGACAGAACUCGGUCAGGGCGAGAAUCGAACUUCCAGGGGGUUUGUACUUUAACCACUGAGCCACUGUCGCUCUAAUAAUAGCCAUGCUGCUAAUAAGCAUUUUUGAUAUUUUUCACUUCUCACUUUUGCCAGCAGAGGGCGACAAACCCCUAAUCCAACCAUCGUCUGUCAUCGCGUUUCUCUUUCUGCGUUUAAGGAGACUGAUUUAUGAACUCACUUUCAGCUUUGGUCUGGAGUUUUAACACAUCGAACCUGGAACAGACUUGAACUAGUUUGGAGUGAAUGCACUUACAAAAUAAAUGAUUUUUUUUUCUUUCUCAAAGAUUUGUUAAACUAAUGUGUGUUUUGUCUGCUAUGAGUAACUUGUAAACUAUUUCUAUUGUCACUUUGUAUGAGUUAAGAUGAGUGUCGGAGCAUGGUGGUGA